UUUUAUUUUCUAGGGGUUUGAACCCUGAAUUUUUUGCGUGCCACUGUUUUUUUUUCUUUGAAGAGUUACGAAUCUUGGAAGCGGUGUCAUGAGCUAUUUUCUGAGUAAGAUUUCACGUUUGAAUAGAAGGGCUAUCCUUCGAGCGGUGGGAGUUGUGGCCGUUGCUUCUACUCUAGACUACUCUGAUAAAUACUCCAAUUUCAGAACAUUUGUAAAUGUGCGGUUACCUUUGCCAUUACAAGAUACACCAUGGUUGACAUUAGAAGCACCAUUUGAUUUGCUACCUCGGCAUUCGCCAUCAUUUGAUCAAACUGGAAUACUUGCACUGUCUUCUUAUAGAGUCGGUCCCGUUCCUUCGUCGGACAUAUCUAAGGAAACUUCUGGGGUUGUUCAUGAGGGGUCAAAACCAUGUUCAUGUGAUUGUUUUGGCAAAGAUACUAUUGCAAAUGCUGCUGCUAAAGUUGGUCCUGCUGUUGUUAAUAUUUCAGUUCCACAAGAUUUUCAUGGUAUUACUACGGGGAAGAGUAUUGGCUCUGGAACAAUCAUUAAUAAAGAUGGUACAAUUUUGACAUGUGCUCAUGUUGUGGUUGAUUUUCAAGGCACAAGAAGUUUGUCCAAAGGGAAGAUUGAUGUCACUUUGCAAGAUGGAAGGACAUUUGAGGGAAAAGUGGUGAAUGCUGACCUGCAUUCCGAUAUUGCUGUUCUGAAAAUAAAUUCUGAAACACCACUACCGGAAGCAAAGCUUGGUUCUUCAACUAGGCUUCGUCCCGGGGAUUGGGUAAUAGCCAUGGGUUGUCCACAUUCCCUUCAGAAUACUGUUACUGCUGGUAUUGUAAGUUGUGUUGAUCGUAAAAGCAGUGAUUUGGGGUUUAGUGGCACGACGAGAGAGUACUUACAAACAGAUUGUGCAAUUAAUGUGGGAAAUUCUGGAGGGCCACUUGUCAAUAUGGAUGGAGAAAUUGUCGGAGUGAAUAUAAUGAAAGUGUUGGCGGCUGAUGGCUUGGGUUUUUCUGUUCCCAUCGACUCCGUGUGUAAAAUUAUAGAGCAUUUCAAGAAAAGGGGGAGAGUAAUUCGGCCUUGGCUUGGACUAAGAAUGCUUGAUCUUAAUGAGAUGAUUAUUGCACAGCUUAAAAAGAAAGAUGCUUCAUUCCCAAAUGUCAAUAAGGGCAUUCUUGUACCGAUGGUAACUCCCGAUUCCCCUGGCGAUCGUGCUGGAUUCCGUCCGGGUGAUAUUGUUAUUCAAUUUGAUGGAAAGCCCGUGGAAAGCUUGAAGGAGGUGAUUGAAAUGAUGGGGGACAAAGUUGGGGUGCCCAUGAAAGUUGUAGUUAAAAGAGCAAAUGAUAAAUUGGCGACUUUAACUGUGAUACCGGAGGAAUCCAAUCUUGAUUUGUAGAAGAAGCAAAUUACACACCAUGAAAGCAAUUUCUCCCAUAGUUACCUAGUUUUUAUUAUUUGUUUGCAUAACUUGGUGAUUCCUUUGUUUGAUAGUAGUCGAUGCUUUUAGAGUGCAAUCCAAUUUUAUUAUAUGUUUAUCUUAUGGUGUAUCUAGGUGAAUCCUAAGACAAACCAAAUUAUUUAUAGAAAAGUGAAUUUCUUAAUCUAA